ACCAGUUAAAUAGUCUCUUCCCUAGAGCAGUCACGAGAAUGUUCCUAAAAAAAGUGUAGAAGGUCACACGAGAGCGUCUGGAAAUUAAGGCCGUGAAGGGAAAAUAAAACAUGGUUUUCGAGUCGUUAGUGGCUGAUCUGAUCAACAAGUAUCUGGGAGAUUUCGUGGAGAACUUGGACAGAUCGCAACUGAAGAUCGGGAUAUGGGGAGGAGAUGUAGUUCUACAGAAUUUAGAUUUAAAAGAGAGCGCCCUAGAUGACUUGGACCUACCUGUCAAGAUUAAAGCGGGACAUAUAGGGAAGCUGACUCUGAAGAUUCCAUGGAAGAACCUGUACACUGAGGCAGUGGUGGCCACGAUUGACGGACUGUAUGCCCUCGCUGUACCUAAUGUUGCAAUCAAGUAUGAUGCCGAGAAAGAAGAGAAAGCCAAACAAGAGGCCAAGCAGAAGAAGUUACAACAAAUUGAGGAUGCAAAAAAGGCCGCCGCAGAGCAGGGGAAAGAAAAAGAACCCAAGAAGGAUUCCUUUGCCGAGAAAAUGGCCGCCCAGAUCAUAAAAAAUUUACAGAUCCAGAUCAGUAACAUCCAUGUACGUUACGAGGACUCCUAUACAAACCCGGAUCAUCCGUUCUCUAUUGGGAUCAGCAUGGCCGACUUACUGUUCCAGACAACAGAUGAGAACUGGAAACCUUGUGUUGUGAAAGAAGCAGUUAACCAAAUCUUCAAGGUAAUUUAG